AUGCAUUGGCCAAUAUAGAAUGUCCAAUCUAUUAUUUUAGUAGAACAGUCUAGCUUUGUGGAAAACGAGAUUUGCAUGAAAACACACAGGCAUUUUCCAUGAAAAAGGCAUGUGGGCACAUUCCAUGACAGUACAGGAUUAUCAGGAUCUCAUAGACCGAGGAUGGCGAAGAAGUGGAAAAUAUGUGUACAAACCUGUCAUGAAUCAAACAUGUUGUCCUCAGUACACAAUAAGGUGCCAACCUUUACAGUUUCAGCCUUCAAAAUCUCACAAGAAGGUUUUGAAAAAAAUGUUGAAAUUCCUGGCUAAAGGGGAGGUUCCCAAAGGAAGUUGUGAGGAUGAGCCCAUGGACUCCACAAUGGAUGAUGCUGUUGCUGGUGACUUUGCAUUGAUAAAUAAAUUGGAUAUACAGUGUGAUCUUAAGACGCUCAGUGAUGACGUCAAAGAGAGUUUAGAGAGUGAAGGAAAAAAUUCAAAAAAAGAAGAACCUCAUGAAUUACUUCAGUCACAAGAUUCCGUAGGAGAGAAGUUGGGCUCUGGUGAACCAUCACAUUCAGUUAAAGUUCACACAGUUCCUAAGCCAGGCAAAGGGGCUGAUUUGAGUAAGCCUCCAUGUCGAAAAGCAAAGGAAAUCCGGAAAGAAAGGAAAAGGUUAAAACUCAUGCAGCAGAACCCAGCUGGAGAACUUGAGGGUUUCCAGGCUCAAGGUCACCCACCAUCUUUGUUUCCACCAAAGGCUAAAUCCAACCAGCCCAAAUCACUCGAAGAUUUAAUUUUUGAAUCUUUACCAGAGAAUGCAUCACACAAGUUAGAGGUGAGGGUGGUGAGAUCAUCUCCACCAAGUUCGCAGUUCAAAGCCACACUUCUGGAGUCUUACCAGGUCUAUAAACGUUACCAGAUGGUUAUUCACAAGAACUCACCUGAUACGCCAACCGAGAGCCAGUUCACAAGAUUCCUUUGCAGUUCACCCUUGGAGGCAGAGACUCCCCCUAAUGGGCCAGAUUGUGGCUAUGGCUCCUUUCACCAGCAGUACUGGCUUGAUGGAAAGAUCAUUGCUGUGGGGGUGAUUGACAUCCUCCCGAACUGUGUGUCAUCUGUGUAUUUGUACUACGAUCCUGAUUAUUCGUUUUUGUCUUUGGGUGUCUACUCUGCACUACGAGAAAUUGCUUUUACUAGGCAGCUUCAUGAGAAAACUUCUCAACUCAGCUAUUAUUAUAUGGGUUUCUACAUUCAUUCGUGUCCCAAGAUGAAAUAUAAGGGUCAGUAUAGACCUUCUGAUUUGCUGUGCCCCGAGACAUAUGUUUGGGUCCCCAUUGAGCAAUGCCUGCCCUCACUUGAAAACUCCAAGUACUGCCGUUUCAACCAGGACCCAGAAGCAGUGGAUGAAGAUCGCAGUACGGAACCUGACCGAUUGCAGGUGUUUCACAAGAGAGCCAUCAUGCCUUACGGUGUUUAUAAGAAACAGCAGAAGGACCCAAGUGAGGAGGCCACUGUUCUGCAGUAUGCCAGCCUGGUGGGGCAGAAGUGCUCCGAGCGGAUGCUGCUGUUCAGAAACUGACCUGCUCGCCUCUGCCGGGGGUUCCUGUGUUGUGCUGAUGGUUUGUGUCAGGGUACUUACUCAGUACCUGUGGGGAAGUAACUGUCACCACCCACAAAUUAAGACAGUUUUUAUUUUGACUAUCUAUGGCUUUUAAAAUAUAUUUUGUGGCAAUGUAUCUGUGAGAAUCUCAUGGUUAAUAUAAAGAUUUUAAAACUGUGUUGUGACCUAACCCCCAUAAUUGGGGUUUAUCAUUUUGGAGGUUUCUUUCUAGAGCAAGAUAUGCUCAGAUUCUCCUGUUUAAAUUUUGUAAAAUGAAGAAGUGAAUCUAAGUAACUUAAUCACAGUUGUGCAUUUUUUUUUUUGGUUCUGUUAAAGAAAUUAAAACAGACUGUUUCCUCAGGCCCAUUUUAAACAUGAACUUAUGUUAGGAAACCUUAAGUAUGGGGAAGGUAGAAAGUUUGUUUCAUCACUUAGAAAAUAUGUCUUCUCAAGAACAAAACUGUGUGCUGUUACUCAGUGUUCAAUAUUAAAUUGCUGCCAAAUGUUACGUAGUUUAAUAGAGAACUUGAAAAAAUAAAACAUUAAAAAGGAUCUUGUGUUAGCAUCAGGUAUCCAUUUGUUCAGGACAGUCCUGUUCAUGUCUGUUGUCUUGGCAUAGUUUUUUUCCCUAGAAUAUAGUACUCCCUUUUACUCUAAAAAAUAUCCCAGUUUGGACAAUAAAAUACAUAAUUACUCUA